CUCGCUCCCACCACCUUCUCCUGACCCACCACCUCCCUCUGCGGGCGUGGCCUGCUCGCGUCGACCUCGAUGCGAGCUGGUGACUGCCUUGCUUUAUCACUCGCGCCUCGACCGUCGCAAGCGCCUUCGCGAGCACCCGCGCGCGCGCUCAACAGCGCUGCUCAGCCAGCCAGCCAGCCGCCGUCGCGUCCUCAAGCCAACCUCCCCGCACUGCCCCACCCACACCCACACACCCACCCUCCUACUCGCCGCCCUCGCCCGUGGCUGCAGCGAUGACGUGGUCGCCAUGGCGACCACGCGCCGCGCUGCGCGUGAUCACCUGCCCGUACCGUCCUGCCAGACGCCCUCGACGACGUCGAUGCGCUGCGAGGAUUUACGGGCUGCCGUGCGCAUGGGCGACGCUCGUGGCGUUGCCGCCGUCACGCGCACACUACGAACACGUGGCACGAUACGGACGUCCUCGCCACGUGUCGCGGGCAGGAGCGACGAGGGCGCGCGAGCGCGCCCGUCGACGGCGUUGCCUGCGCAGCGCGGCCGCGCUGGGAGGGGCCGAGCGGGAAUGGCGGACGGGCAGCGGCUCG